AUGGCUCAGCAGAAUGCUCAGCGUCAGUUCCGUGGAGUCAAGAGCAUGCGCGAAUUGGCCGAAGCUCCCGCCGUCACAGCUUUCCGGGCUCGCUUCGAGGCCGGUCGCUCCUUUGACCUCGACGAUGACCUGGAGUUCUGCCCCAAUCUCCUGACCGAGGACGACGUAUGUUUUGCUGAUCCCAGCAAAGGGGAAAGGUUCUUGGGAGACAGACGUGGGCUAACGGUUUCCUCUUCCCCCCUGCAGUUGCACUCCAUCCACUCUACUUCGUCCGACCGCUCCUCGCUCUCCAGCGGUUCGCCUGAUACCUCUCCCCUGCAGCACCAAAUCCAGCCGGUUCAGCAGGUUACCCCCUCCAUCUCUCUUUCUCCUGCGCAGGCCAACUCCUACGUUCAGGCCGGUGUUGCCGGAAAUCUGAAUCACGCCAACUACCACCAGUCUGCCAACAACCAGGCCAACCGGACCCGCAAGGUCAUCCCCAUUGUCAACCCCAACACUGGAAUGACCCUGGCUAGCCCGCCCUCCUCCAUCUCCCCAGCGAUGAUGCAGGCGGCUCAGCGUCGAUGGUGA